UAUGACGUAAUAAAUCAUCUUGGGGAGUUCUAAAGAUGCAGCCGGCACGCUCGGGCAAACUGCUCCGAAGAGCCCCGAGGACACGACGAAACCCGACCGUGUACGCUUCGGAGGAAUACCCGGGGACGGUAGUGGAGUCCGAGAGCCAAGAUUCUUUCGCUGUGGACAUCUCGGACCUUUCCAUGGACUCGUCUGAAAAACCGAGCGAUGAAAGCGAUGAUGCCAACUGGGUUAACAAGCUAUCCAACGCCCCUCCUUUGAUGAAACAACCUAUGAAACAAGACGUCAAGUCGGUGGAACAAAGACUUGUCCACGCAAGAAGCCUUACAGAUGUAAGGGGAGGAAAAAACGCCCGCGAAACAACAUACCGGUUUCCAGAGCGUUCUACUGUAGUGGGUGACGGUAAUGUUGACCGAAGAAGAGUUGAGCAAAAGUCUGUACCAAAAACAUGCGCUCUUGACGAAGAAAACGACAAGACAUUGCCUCAACGUCUGAAUAAGCAGGAAGAGGGCUCUGAGGACGCUGCAUGCAGUAGUGAAACUGACAUGCAAGGCGGCUCUGUUGAGCGGUUGACGAGUUGGUACGAACGCAUCGGCAAUGCACCGCCUCUGAUGGACGAGACACUCGCGUCAUCACAAAAAGAGGGUGAUCAUGCUUCUAUCACCGGCGCGACUGGCUCUUGCUCCUCGGCAGUAGAGGCGACCCUGCCCGAUGCAACGGACGAACAGUGGCGGUGGGUCCAGGCGACAGUUCUGGAGCCGGACGGCCCGCUGCACGAGCCCGUGGUCUCCAGCUUGGCACACGUCGUCAGCACCGAGAGCCUGUCGCUUGACAGUCGGGAGGAUGGCACGGUCACCCCGGGAGGCGUUUUCCUCGCUACGAUGGAAGACCUUCGGAACAUGAUCGCCGGACUCCUCGAUCGCUUGCUCAAUUUUCUUCGGGACAGAGUGACCCUCAACUGCAAAGCCGAAGCCCCAACAGAAGUGGAAAAGAAGCUGUCGCUAGAUGUUGUAAGUUUUCUGAACGCCAUGUCUUCCCUUGACUUAGCCAUAACAGGUGAAAACUCAGAGCUCUACGCAGAUGAUGGCAACACCAACGAUUCUUACAAAGAGAAGCCGUUGGAUAUUCCAGAACAUCCCGAAACAAAACCAAGAACGGAUAUGAACAUUCUGGAACGCCUGAUGGCAAAACUCAACCCCAAAACAGUUCAGGAACAAUACGCAGAAACCUUUGCCGAAGGGAACCAUUCCAGUCACCGCAAGAAGCGAUCUCUACUGUCAGAAUAUGCAGUCUGGCUAAAAGCGCGGGAAAAGGCGUCGUGUGACAGAGAUGUCAAUCAAAAUACUGGGGGUGCAAGGGCGCCAAAAUUUCCCUCCCUGUCCUACUUCAUUGAUAAGAUCAGAGGACGAGCAAAAGACGAUAUAGAGAUGGGAACAGUGGAUCUACAGUUAGAUGAAGAGGACCAAGAGGAGAAACGUUUGACCGAGAAGUUGAUGAGGAGAGCCUUGGAGGAGGAGAGACGUCUUAGGGGCCUCUUGAGAAGACUGAUGGUGGAGAUGAAGGAAGACGUUCGAGACGAUCCGCGAAGAACGUCUUCAGAAAUGUCCGCAUGGUCUACGUCUUCAGUACUGUCAUUGUUUGGUACACAUAACGGCGAGAUCAACACCCUAGCAGCCAAGAUGGUGGAAGAGGUGUGUGUGGCCCUGACUCACAGCUACAGCGGACUGAGCGCCUCUAUAGGCAGCGUCACAGGCGAGACUAGUGCGGAAAGAAAGGCGUUCACCGAGGAAGUCAUGAAAGUGGUGGUGACCCUGGCGACUAAACAGGCCAGAGCCAAGAUCGAAGCACAGGGUGCCAACGCGUCCACUUCAGAAGACAGCCCUCCCAGCACGCCGGACAUAAGUACCGAUGACGUGGCUGACCUGGCCGUGGGUUUGUGGUACGGAGACGCUGAGUCCGACGUGGACUCCCUGAUAGGAGACCUUCGAUCCAUGAGGGACUCUCUGGUGGCCAGUGGUGUUGAUAGCACCGAAGUCGACGGAAAACCGACAGUGAGGAAAGCUGCUGGUGCAAGGAGAACCGAAGUUUGACACCUUCCAGGGCCAUGUCUCUCUAUGGAAGAACAAGUCUGACAUUAUUUUGUAAAGUCUUUAAGAAAAUGUGACAAUCAUGUGAACUAAACGACACGUACUGCGGAAUGUAGCCGAAUUAAUCAGGACGUCACGAAAUCACAGUAUGUGCAUAUCAGUAAAUGAAAAUAUGUAAAGAUUAUACAUUCUGUUAAAUUCUGAUAUUUCCAAUGACAAGUCACACUUAAAGUAUACCUGGAUUUUUACCUUGUUGCAAUAUACUGUAAAAGUCAUGUAGUGCGUAUAUGCGUUUGGCGUCAUUAUCAGUUCAGUUUUAUAAGAUAGUUCAAUUUCAUCCUCAUUGUUAUUAUCAUGAAUCAUAGGUGACCUCAGCUUUGCUUUGCUUUGUUUGGUUCAUAGACAGUUGAGGUAAAGCUGAAAAUAUACAUUAUGAGCAGUGAUAAGUUUGUUUAUUGAUUCUAA